GUUAUGUCUUCAAAAAUAAAGAACAUAUUAUGCCAUAUCUCGAAGAUGCAGAGACGGGAACUACAGUUCAUUGGGCCAAAGAACAAGCCCUUAGGUUGCAAGCAUUUGUUAUGGUUGGAUAUCCACAAAUUGUUAAGGGAGAUCCAGACAAAUAUUAUAAUAGUAUAUGCUUCGUUGGACGAAAUGGGAGUCUUAUUGAAACUUAUCAAAAGACACAUCUAUAUGAAACUGAUGAAAGUUGGGCUGAGGAAGGCCCCGGAUUCAAAUCUAUAGAUGUGCCUGAUUUGGGAAAGGUAUUACUGGCACAAAUUAAUACAGACUUAUUCCAAUUAUUAAUUCAAAUGAUUCAAAAUCAGGUUGGCUUCGGUAUUUGCAUGGAUCUUAACCCGUAUAGGUUCCAGGCUGGAUUCACAGCAUUUGAAUUCGCGCGUUUUCAUCAUCGCCAACAAAGCAACAUUAUACUAUGUUCAAUGGCAUGGUUGUUGAGUGAAGGUAGUAAUACAGUAAAUUAUUGGUGUCAACGAUUACUACCAUUAUUCGACGACACGUAUGCGAACGAUGAAGAAUCUACAACAGAUAUACAAAGCCUGGAUGCAGCUAGAAAUCGGAAUGUUUUAUUUGUUGUAUCUGACCGAACUGGAUCCGAGAAUG